CACAGCUGAUUUUAUAUGCGUUUUUUUCACAAAAAAUUAUUAAACAAAUACAAACUUUUUUUAACGAAACAGCACAUAUAACGGAGUUAUUCCUAAAUGAGUGGCGAAAGUAAUACAGUCGCCGAAGAAGAGGGCAGAAAAUUGCAGGACGUCUUCUUGGAGGGUUGGAAAACUUACGAAUUCCUGGAGGAUACGUCUUUAGAAUUCAAUGGGCCGGAUUUCCAGGGUAAAGUUGUCAUGGCAAUGGAAGAUUUCGAAUUGGCUACCCGCAUAGUUAGUGAAACUCAACUGUUUAGUGCCAACGAAUUAAUAGACGAAAUAUCUACAGAGUCAUUGCAAUACUUACUAUUACCUUUCUUUCUUGGAAAAUUGGCUCUAAAACGCAACGAGCAGGAACGCGCUGAUGUUCUUAGAGUAGCUGAUAUUUAUUUUAGAGAUUUUAUCCGGCGUUGUCAUGAGUAUGACCUUUGCGACUUACCAAGACAUUUUGAACGUAAUAAUCAGGAGGGAAACGAUCAAACACCGAAUAAAAGCACCAUGGAUGCCGUAGAACAAUUGGUGGCCGCUGCAACAUCACGAAACAAUAAAAUCGCUCAAUUCAAACGCAAGAAGGAAUUGGACGAAUACAUUAAGAAGUUGAAAGACGUCGUUCGCAAUCACACGGCAGAUGAUGAAUUAAAACGCGACUUUUUUAUAAAAUUGAUUAAGAGAAGUAUUAUGGAGGCUGUGGAAGAAUUGGAUUCGAUUACAUUAGAAAAGAGUAUCGUUGAAAUGCGUAAAGCAAGACUAGCUGAAUUUGGUACGACCAAACUUGAUGAUGCAGCAGGAAUUACCCAAUGGGAUCUACCACAACAGUCAUCAAUGAGCAAACCUCAAUGUAGUCGAGGAUCAGGUCGCCAUCAUCAACAUCUAUCGCGGUCUAAAGCGAAGCCCUUGCAACCUUUUAUUAUAACUCGUGAUGCUGCUCAAAAGGCUGUCUUCGGCAUGGGCUAUCCCAGUUUACCCGUCAUGACAGUCGACGAGUUCUAUCAACAACGCGUAGAUGAAGGCGUAUUUCCGGAUGAAGAAAAAACUGCUCAAAUUAACAAAGUUCAGGCUUUAGCUGCUGCGCAAGAUCCCACCGAUGCGGAGGAAAAAGAAAAGGCUGCCAUUGAAGAACAACUAGAAAGUGAUGAUCCCGAGUACUUACGUCGCAUGCGUAAUAUGGACGAAUAUAAGGACGUGGUUAGACGCGGAGAUGGUAAUCGAUAUAAUCGUAGUUAAUUAAAAAUGGCUCUAAUAUGGUUAGAAUGAAGCCCGAAUGCAGAAUUGGAUAACAGAUUUCAAUAAUAAAAAAAGUUUACAUGCUAUUUUAAUAUUAGCAAGAUCUCUCGUAAUUUGCCACAGUUGAGAGACGCAGUCGUCCUUUUCUUUAAGGGAAAUGUCGUAAUAUUUAGAUGAUGGUAUGCAUAAGUUUUUGGCAAGAAAAGAGGUGGUAUCAUUUUUCACAAGAUGGGGUCAUGAUUUUGUGAGUUGAUAACCUUCUUUGAUAAUGAAGAUCCAACUGUGAUCAAUAAUCUAAAAGAAGUA